UAUAAUUUUACUGGUUUCCGAAAUAUGUUUGCAACGAAGAAUAGACAAUAGAUAUUUAUACUGGUAGGAAGAAAAUACAAUGAACCCAGAAAAUUUGAAACCCAAUUUUCAUUUAAUUGAUGAGCUUGAGUCUUCUUUUCAGAAUUGCACAGCAGCUGUAACCAGUCAGGAACACUUUAACACCCAAGACACAGACGAGUUGAAACCAGGAGCAGAACAAACUUUCCAAAAGUUCCUAGAUUUAUGUAGACAGACAGAGGCAUUCUUCCUCAACAAAAGGCUGGUGUUGUCAAAGCAGAAACCUGAACAAGUCAUUAAAGAUGAAACUGAGGAUCUGAGAGCAGAACUUGAGAGGAAAGAUGCUUUAAUCAAACGCAAUCAAGAAAAAUUACAGCAAUGGCAGACAUUAUUAAAUAAUAUUCAGAGGGGACCAGGUGGGAGCUUGCCUGGGUCACAUGGUGCUCAGAGCCACCAACCCCAUCAGUCACAACAGAUGCAUCCACCUCAUGGUUAUAAUGUUCAAGGAGGGACACAGAUGGCACCAAUGGGAGGAAGUCAAAUGUAUCAUCCCCACCAUAAUCAAGGCCCCCCUCAGACUGUAGGGAUGAUGAUGCCACCUCAGGGGCCUGGUCCUGGACAUCAGCCACCACCAGCAUACUCAUCACAAGUGCCAUCAGCAUUGGCCAGUCUGGAGACAAUGUCCAGUUUGGGGAUGCAGGAACGAAGAUAGUGCAAAUUGUAUUUGAUAUUGUUCAUCAUGGCAGCUUUUCUAAAUUGUUUUGAACUAAGGGCUAUUCCAGAAAUUAGUUAAGUUUGGAGUCACUUAUAUUAAGAUAUACUUGUUAUGUUAUGUGUUUUUGAUUUUAGAUCAGAAAAAGGUACACACAGUCAAUUAAAAUUUCAUGCAUGUAGAGGGUAUACAAAAUGUGCUCCCCACACCCAAGUGCAAUUAUUUCUGGAAUAGUGCUGAGUCAUUUGUAUCAUAAAUUGCAGUAUCUGAAAAAUAAAUGUUGUAUGGAAUGCAGACAUAGAAGAAAUAUACAAAAUUGCUGAAUUUUAUCAGCAUUUAGUGUGGAUUUUAUAAAGAUUUUCAAUAAAAGUGUAUGAUGU